GCUGCUCCCGGCAGUGGAGGGGGAGAGGCGCGUGCGGCCGCGCGGCGCCUCCGUCCCGCCCGUCGCGUGACCCGGCUCCCUCAGACAGACAGACAGCCCGCCCGCCGGCCUCUAAAACCUCGGGGGGCGCCCUGCCGGGAGCCCUGCCGGGAGCAUGCGCGCUGCGGGCCGGGAGGAAGGAAGAAGAGUUUUGUCUUAUGGCUGUUCCAGGAAAAGUGGCAGCUUUCCGUCUGCCUCCCCUGCCAACUGUUGGAGAGAUCAUUAAACUCUUUCGCCUUAAAGCACAGAAACAACUUUCCCAGAACUUUCUACUGGAUUUGCGAUUGACAGACAAGAUAGUAAGACAAGCUGGUGAGCUGAAAAAUGCCCACGUUUGCGAAGUGGGACCUGGGCCAGGGGGCAUUACCAGAUCCAUUCUCAGCGCUGGUGUUGAACAACUCCUUUUAAUUGAAAAAGAUGCUCGAUUUAUUCCAGGAUUGCAGAUGCUCUCUGAAGCAGCUCCAGGAAAAGUGCGCGUUGUUCAUGGAGAUAUUCUGACAUAUAAGAUGGAGAAGGCUUUUCCAAAGCACUUAAAAAAGAACUGGGAGGACGAGCCACCAGAUAUACAUAUCAUUGGGAAUCUGCCCUUCAGUGUUUCAACUCCUCUAAUCAUCAAAUGGCUUGAAAAUGUUUCCAAAAAGGAUGGACCUUUUAUUUAUGGCAGGACACAGAUGACAUUGACUUUUCAGAAGGAGGUUGCAGAGAGGCUUACAGCUAAUCCAGGAGGUAAGCAGCGUAGCAGACUGUCCAUCAUGUCUCAGCAUCUCUGCACUGUCGAAAACUGCUUCGUAAUUCCAGGUCAAGCUUUCGUUCCAAAGCCUGAGGUGGAUGUGGCCGUGGUGCGUUUCACUCCGUUGGUGCAACCAAAGAUACAGCAGCCAUUUGAGCUGGUAGAAAAGGUGGUUCAAAGUGUUUUUCAGUUUAGAAGAAAAUACUGCUUCCGUGGAAUCGAGACCUUGUUUCCUGAAAGCGGACGUUUGAAAAGAACAGAACAGCUGAUGAUGACAGCAAAUGUCGAUCCAACUUUGCGUCCUUUUCAGCUCUCCAUGUCACAGUUUAGAAAUCUGUGCAAUACAUACAGAAAAAUGUGCGAUGAAGACCCAGGCCUUUUUGUGUACAAUUACAGAGAAGAACUAAGGCAAAAGAAGAUGAUGAGGAAUUUACAGAAAAGUAGCAGUCAGCGCAAUCAGAGUGAAGAGGAAGAUCAGCUGUAACUGCUGUAAUCGGCAGCAGACUGAUUUUUUUAUUUUAUUUUUCUUAACUCCUUGAUCUAGAGGUGUUGAUUAAGUGAAAGGAGGCUUAUAUAGUCCUACAUCUGUGCAGGUAUGGAAGAAAUACUUUUGAGAAAGUGGUGGAGAGAGAGGGCUUUCCCAUUUUAUUUAUUCAUUCCAUUCAGCUGUAGACAAAAGUGAAAGAACAGUCCAGUUACAAGGUGCCUACAGGUUCUUUUUACUUAAGAGGAAUGGCUAGAACACAUACCAAAAACUAGGUAUGUCAUGAGACUUGUAAUUAAGUUGGGAUCCUUCCGAAAUAACUGAGUUUUAGGUGAAUGAAAGUGCAUUAUUGAAGUCUAAGAAAAAAUACUUUUCAUACUUCAGCAUCUAAGAUGCUGUUUGGGUUUUUGUGCUCUUUUUAUCCUGGAACAUCCUACUUCACUGAGUAAUUUAAAAAACAAAAGCCAAAACCCUUGUAUAAAUAUACUCAAGUGACUGGCUUAAAGGAGGAUAAAGUGCGCAGAUU